AUGUCAAUGUUGACCAGGAAGGGAACGAUGGUUCGUAAGAACCGAGGGUCUUUAAAACGACAAUCGGUUCGGAGACAAGGGAACGGAUCCAUAACAAGGAAACAACAAAAAACAACAUCGGAAAUGCCAGAAUCUCCUCGUGUCAUUGCUGUCAAGCAACAGGAAUUUCAAUAUCCCCAGUCAUCGCCGACAAGGAGUGUUGCAAGCACUAUUGUAUCAUUUGACGAUGAAAAGCAGUUGUGUAAAACAUCAAUUGAUUGGAGAAAAAACAAACAAUGUGACCAAGAGCCCCAAUAUGAAGCAAUUAUGAUACAAAUCCAGGAGGCAAACAAAGAGGCUGAAAACACAUGUGAUUUCAUUUGCAGAAGUAGUAAAAUAAUGUGUCAUACAGUCCUUGUUACAGUGAUUGUUGGUUUAUCAAUGGCCUUACCGAUUACCAUGAUGUCAGUAGGUGUCAAAUACCUGAAUGAAUGUCCAAAACAGAAGAAAGUUCCAGUAUACUUACUAGUUGGAGGCUGCUUUGGGAUGCUAAAGGUACUCGGAACAAUAUGGCGAAAUAUUCGAUACCGUCGCUAUGAUGACAUGGAUAGCUUUUAUGACGGCCAUGGUGGCGAUGGAGCAUUUGCAGCAAAAACAUAUCACAUGAUGGAUAUGAUAAUUUCAACUUUUUUAUUAGCAUGGCUAAUAGCUGGUACAUACUGGGUUUUUGAAAUAUGGCAGCCCCAUUAUAAACAGUUGCUACAUGAACCAAGCAAUUGGUGUGAUAAACACGUGUACAUGUUUGCUGUAUAUCAGAUAAUUGGUUGCUAUGCUUUUCUAGCGUUUCUACUAUUAACAAUGUGUGUAUUGGCUUCUUGUUACAAAUUUACAAAUAUUUUUGAUCAUUCGUGAAAUGAGCAAAUUCAUUUGUUCAUGUUUUUGCUAUAUUUAUAUAUAAUAGUACAUGGAAUUGUAUAAUGUUCAACAUGGUUGUGAAAAACUUUACGUUUUAGUAACUUGGGCAGAUUUUAAUUUUUCAUAAACAAAUAUGUUUACUACUUACUCUAUAUUAAAACUGUUAUCAACUUCUAUCAAAAACAAAAAAGAGCAAGUACACAAAAAAUAUCAAAGCAUGACAAGGUACAAUGUAUCAAGGUGACAAUUUGCGAUAUUUUAGGUUAAGUUUGUUAUUUUAUUCUUAAAAAUAAUAGUUCAUACUAGUCGCAGUAUAAACAUUAAACAAAUAGACAAACAAGAUCAGAAUCACGCCAGUCACUUAAAACUUUGUUUUCCAAAUGCAAGUUACGGUUGUCAGAAAUUAAAAGAAUACAUGUGUAGAGUGGCAAGUCAACUUUAAGUGAAACAUUAACACAAUUGUCAUAUACAUGUAUUUGUAUUCUGGCGGUAAGUCGAGUUGACAUUUUUUUUGAAUCUGAUACAUCACUGUUAUACUUGAAUGUAUGAAUGGUUCCCGUUACGAAUUGUACAACGAUUGUAUAUAUAUAUGUGAUAGAUAUAUUUCUGAUGUGUUAGUUUGACCAAUUUGCUGUGGCUUAACAUUCGGACGUGUACACCCUACUUAUAUUGAAUGUGUUUUUUGUCUAAUAUCAUAUAUCAUGUGUAUAUCAUACAUUGUACUGAUAUAUUUUAUUAUUGCUAAAUCCAAACGAGCUCCUGGUUUUUUAUCAACCAAUAUACAUUUAUCUAUUUUUACAGAAAACAGUCUA